GUGCCUGCGUGACCCGGUUCCCCGCGACGCUAGUUCUGUCACCUCUGCGGGGCCCAUGAGGGUGCAAAGUGCCCUCCACACGGUAGGCUCUCAAGGUGCAGCGAAUACUCUCUGAGAGCGUUGUCUAGAGGAAAUGAGGAAAUGUCCCGAAGCAUGGCUGGUACUAAGCCACUUAAAAAUAGUGACAAUGAAUAGGCUCUACUAUGGGGAGGAUGGGUGAGAGAGAGCAAAGGAGGUGGAGGACACAGCGCGUGUAAUCAGAAGACUCUCAAGGACUGCUCACCCAGAUACUCUGGAUUCCUUGUCUCCAAGUAUGUAUUGAGCAACUACUUGGUGUGAAACACUAUUCUGGACACCUUCACUUGGAUGGCCACUGGAUCUCAAAUAUUAUGGGCCCCUGUAAGGAGCAAAAUUAAAUGUGUGGCAUUCUGUGUGUAACUUGCAAAAAGUAACUUGAGUGCUCUGUGCUGUAUGAGGUAAUGAUGUGGUGUUGCCCCAAGAUAAGAUUGACGUUGCCCCAAGUUGGAUACAUGUGCAACUGACCCAGAGUAAGAUAAUUGACUUCCCUCUGACCAAGACCGGCUGGCAGGGUCUGAUAAAAAGGAUUUAAAAGGACUCAUGUUGAGCCUGGCUCCAGUCCCUGUUUUACACCAAUGACGCCAGUGCUGUGCCAAACCUGGAGGAGACUCACUGACUUGCUCGUUGCUUGCUGGAACAUCCAUGGUCCUGACCGUGACCGAGACGUUCCUGUGGAAGUGACAGGGAGCUGCCCAUGUGCAUCCUGUCUGAGAUGUCUCCGACUGGCCGGCCUGCCGUGACCUCGCCGCCCUCCUUCGCCUUCCAACUGUCCUCACCAUCAGAACUCUGGCCAGAGGGAGCUCCCCAGCGAGAUCUCCUGAGCCGUCUUCCUGACUGACCUCUGGGAGUCGCUGCCCUUCGACUCAAGACACGUCACACAGGAGUGGACCUUAGGAACGGGUCUCAGUAAGGAGCUCCCGGGGAACCAGGUGGCUGAGCUGUGUGGCCAGAGGAGAGGCGACUGCCCUCCCCCUGUGAGUUCUUUUGUUUUUGUGGGAGCCAUGAAGCUUAACAAGAGGAGUGUGGCCCACUACGCACUGAGCGAUUCUCCGGCAGACCACACAGGCUUCUUGCGCAUUUGGGGGGGUCCAGGGACCCCAACCACUCCCAGUGGCACCGGCCGAAGAUGUUGGUUUGUCCUCAAGGGCAAUCUGCUGUUCUCCUUUGAGAGUCCUGAGGGCCGGGCCCCGCUGAGCCUGGUUGUGCUGGAGGGCUGCACCGUGGAACUGGCCGAGGCUCCCAUACCGGAGGAGUUUGCCUUCGCCAUCCGCUUUGACGCACCAGGAGUGCGCCCACACCUGCUGGCGGCAGAUGGGCAGGCAGCACAGGAGGCCUGGGUGAAGGCGCUGUCCCGGGCCAGCUUUGGCUACAUGCGCUUGGUGGUCCGUGAGCUGGAAGGUCAGUUGCAGGAAGCCCGCCAGAGCCUGGCCUCACAUCGCUGUGCGACCCGGAAGGCCAUUGCCAGCCGCUGUAAGCCACAGGCUCCCAACCACUUGUUUCCAAGUCCAGAGAACGGCCACUUUCUCCCCAGCAACUGUAGCUCCAUGGGUUCCACUGAAGAAGGGGGUAGCAGGCCAGCAGGGCGGGAUUUGGCUGAGUGGGAGUGGCAGGGCCCUGCCAGCUUCCUCCUAAGCAAGGGGCAGAGCCCUGUGUCCCCUGAAACCUCCUGCUUCUCUACCCUCCAUGACUGGUAUGGUCAGGAGAUUGUGGAGCUGAGGCGUGGGUGGCAGCAGAGGGCCCUGGGGGGCCAACUCGAAUGCGAACCAUAGGAUAGGCCCUUAGCCUGGGCCCUUGAGUUCUGGCCCUGCCCUGCUGGUCAGGACACUGGAGCCAGUGCUUUUCAAGGAGUUAAAUGUUUACUCAUUUCCAAGGUUGCUUUUGGGUGGGUGGGAGCGGGGAGGAGUCCCUUCCUCCUGAUUUUUGAGGCCUUCUCCAGGUUCCAUAUCCUCCCUUGUGCCUAGAAGGGGUGGAGGAAUCAUCCUAUUUUCUGAGACCUAAGAGGAAAGGUGGUUUGCACAGCACCACAGAGCAAACCUGUCUCCUGACUCUGCUCAGGACUGCCCCUCUCUCAGGGGAUACUUGUGAAAUGCAGGAAGAGAAGCUGCCCUACCUUUGACCUACACUCCAGACUCCAGCCAUAAUUUCCAACACAGGGAGUCUUGUGUGCAUUUAAAUACCGGAGGUUGGCUGCAGUAUUGGCUUGGGGCUCACAUUGUCAGUGAAAAUGGAUUUAUUGUUACAGGGAUUUCUGGGCCAGGCUUUUGUUGAGACAGGUAAGAUGACUGGGCAUGGGACCCCUUCCCCCCACAGUUUGGGCAGGGUCCUUUAGAGGAGACAGCUUUCACCUAACAGAGGAAUUUCUUAUUCCCUGGCUACCCAUCAACAGAUAGUGCUGGACAUUGCCCUGGGAGAGGCUUUUGUGUCAGCAAAAACCCUUCCUGUGCUCGGUCCUCAGCAGCCAGCUCCUGGUACUGCCACGCAAAAAGUGAAGAAGAGGCAGGGAGGCAGGGUGGCCCCCUGGGGAAGGUCAGUUUGUUUCUUUGGUUCUCAGUCCUGGGCAUUAGGAUUCGAGGUACCCUGUGAUAAAUCCUACUCUCCUGGCUGGGUUCCCAUUAAGGUAUUCCUCCUCUGAAGCCACUGGGGAACUCUGCCAGUUCCCCUGAGUUCACCUUCAAGGACCCUCAUUGCUGCUCUCCCCAGCAGUUGUGCAAAAUGUUUUUCUAUUUGUCUGGAAGGCAAAACAGCUGGGCCUACAGAGCCAAAGGCCGACCUGCCUGUCAAUCUAAAGAUGCAGCGGCAGUGGCUGUGGCUGGUGGGAAGAUGCACAGCCGGUCAGACACCCCCUUCCUCGCCUCCCUCUUCCUUAUUGGGGCUUUUGGCGACUGGACUAAGAUCCAAAUGGGCAAGGCUGAGACUCCAGGAGGCUGCGAUGCUGCCCGAGGCCCAGGACCCGCUCCUGCCUUGCUUUGUUCCCAGCUCUGUAUGGAAGCCCUACAGCCCCCUGCACUUUAUUUUAUACCGAUACCACAGGCCUUUGUUAUGUUUGUUACUGUUUCAGGGUUUUUUUAUACAAUUAAAACACUAAGUUUUUUUUAAAAAAUGUUAUUACUCAUUUCCGUUAUUACAAUUAGUUUUUAGAAAUGAAGAAUCGGGACCUGGAGUUGCGAAGCCCAUAUCUGAUGGCAGCAGCUGAGUUAGGCCCGGGUCCUCAAACUGCUUGCUGGCAUAACUCCCCAGGUCCAUUUCUGCCCCACCUGUUUCCCAGCCCUGUGUCCCAGCCCCUCAGCCCAUUCACCAGCUGUUAGUGUUUUUAUAAGAUUCAAUCAGUAAAGCUUUUACAUUAUUACUCAUUUUGGUUCGUUAAGCU